AAAGCUUUUCAAUUUCUUCCUGCUUGUUUUGAUCAGUUUGUACUGGUAUCAGUGCAUUACUUCACUUCUAUUAGAGAAAGGAAGAUGCUCCCUUGAGGAUAUGUGGUGCAAGAAGGCAGCUUCCGCCGCGAGGCGCAGUGUCUGUAUAUCCAAGAGGUGUGUGUCGUAUGCUGAAGGACCUGCAGCCCGACGAAAGGUUUUCGUCAAUCAACUUGAGCACGAUGUGGAUCGCCAGGAGGUGGUGCAGUCCCAUUUGCUUAAGCCCGUGGGCUUAGAGUAUCGAAAGGAGGGUUUGAGAGAGCCCGACGAGAGCGGGCAGAUAACAAGAGACCAAAUUAUCGAGGAGAAAAUUGGAGAGCGAGCGUUCUCUCAGGAUGAUUAUUUCAAUGUGAACACAUUCACGUCCCUAGAGGAAAUGAUGGCUGCAGGUGUUCACUUGGGCCACAAAAGAGCGACAUGGGAUUGUUGUAUGCGUCCAUACUUGCUGGCAAACCGUUAUCAGACUCACAUCAUCAAUUUGGAUACAACGAAGUCUCAUUUGGAACGCGCACUGCAGUUCCUCUGCCACUGUGUGUAUCGUGGAUGUCGCGUUGUGUUUGUCAACAAUCGGCCUCACUUCACGUAUUUGGCACAGGCAACAGCACGUGAGUGUAACGAGUACUUCAUCACUGGUGAGUGGAAGACGUCUACGUUCUGCAACUCGCUUGGCCGGCUCAGGACGCUCAAGUUGCCUGAUAUCAUGAUCUGCUCCAGCACAACAGUGUCAGGGGAGCCGCUGAGAGAAGCCGAUUUAAUGGGCAUACCAACCAUUGCAUUGUGUGAUUCUGACUCCGACCCUCGCACAAUUACGUAUCCGAUUCCUGCGAAUGACGAUUCCCUGGCAUCCUUGCAGCUGUUUCACCGGAUUUUCCGUGAUAGCAUCCAGCGCGCCAAGGAGAAGCGAGAAGCCGAUCUUGCCAUGAUGAAUCGCAUCACGCCGCUGAACGUACAUGACAUAGAUGAGACAGACAACAGGGUACAGACACUCCUGGACAGUGUCGAGGGUAACUUUGCCGAGCUGGAUCGGAAAGGCAGCAUGCUCCUAUCUCAGCUCUGAGUCUGGAACCGAUGAACUUGAUGACCUAUCUUCAUUUUUGCUGAUGGCUAGACUCCUGGCUUUCUGUGUAAAGAAUGUAGAUUCAUAAUUCCUUUGGUGCAUUUUAAUUUUAAUUAAUGUUAAGGCCAACGAAGUAAAUACGAAAUACGUGUACAGUGGUA